AUGAAGGAUCAGAUCCACCAAAUAAGGGAAAGGAUGAAGGCUGCCCAGGAUAGGCAAAAGAGUUAUGCUGAUCGUCGAAGAAGGACCCUCAAGUUUGAAGUUGGCGACUUGGUCUAUCUUAAAGUAUCGCCCAUGAAAGGAGUCUUUCAGUUUGGAAAGAAAGGGAAGUUAAGUCCAGGAUACGUGAGACAAAAUGAGAUUCUGGAGAAAGUAGGAGUGGUUGCUUACAUGCUGGAUCUUCCCACUAAAUUCCAAGGAAUCCACAAUAUUUUCCAUGUAUCUUCUCUCAAGAAGAGUUUCAAAAAGCAAAUUCCAACCGUUGUUGGCAUUAGGGAUAUUUCACUUCAACCCAACCUAACCUAUGAGAAAGUUCCAAUUUAG